CUUGGUCAAUUUCACCGCUCUCAACUCUCAACAUUUCUACAAAGGAUGGUACACGGAUCCAUUACCGAACAACAGGAUGGUGCUCGCUCUCAAGUGCGGCAUUGACUCUGAAAUCGCCUGGGCCCUGAGCCGACUCUGCCGCAUAAGCGCGAACGAGCAGUUUCUGCUGAGAGCGCUGCCGGGACUCAUUGAAGGGUUGUUCGAGUGGCCGCUGUGGUAUGCGCGAGGGGCCGCACUGGAUGUUGCUGCGCAGGCAGCGCUGUUCUCGCUGCCGAAGGAUAUUGAGCGGUACAGGCAGCACGCACUCGAGUCGGUCUUCGUCCUUCGGAACGCGUCGCUGAACCCGCAGAACGCAGGAGAGCUAUCCGCACGACGGGCAACGCAGGAGUUGAUCCUCCUCGCUCUGCAUAGGCUAAAGCCCGACAACGACGCGAACGUCGAGUUCUUGCUCGAUGUCAUCGACAUACUUCAAGCCAUCGCAAGCACGUCCAUCCUUCCUCCGCCCAACUCGCCUCUCUUCGCCAACCCCGUGCCGCCGUUACUUGAGCUUGCCGGAUCGUCGUCAAAUCGCUCGCUCAUCAUCUCCAGUCUCACCACCUUGCACCUGCUCUUCUCGAACCCACCGAACGUCGGCCACAUGACACCGGACAGCCCUGCUCUUUCCGCUGCAAUACGAUAUCUCCCUCUGCUCAGCGACAAACCAUUACUGGACGCGAGCCUGAACUUCCUGUACACCCAGUUGUCGUAUACCCCGAUGACCAAAGCCUUCCUGCAAAGCAAGGAGCUCACCGUCACACUGAGGAUGCUAGUCCUUUUCAUGUUAAACGAGGAGGAGGAAGAGACUGUGGUAGUGGAAAUCGCUAGCCCUGUGUACACUGCGCCAGCAACUGUCGAGGGCGAUAAGGAUCACGUCCUGACGCAGAAAGAGUUUGACAAACUACUGCCUAUGCCCGAACCCGACCGGUGUUACGAAUGGAUGAGAACCAUGUUCGAGGUCAACCCAGAUCGCGAGCUAACACAAGUAGAGUUCUACAACAUGUACAAGGACACGUUCAUCCCCUACCAGAGCCAGUACUACUGCAUACCUGCCUCGGAAGUGAUCAAGAACGUCACCACAGUCUUCUCAACUGCGCAAGCGAUGGUUCUCGCUGGUCCACCGCAAAAGUUUGUCGUCAGAGGCGUUGACCGCAAGAAGGAUGUUCGCGCGAUUGACCGCUUCAAGUGUCGCUGGAACCAGGGGCAGUGCGAGAAUAGCGCGUUCAACUCGACAGGUGAGCUCUACGAGCAUGUACUCGAAGAGCACAUCAACCCGCACGCCGAACUCAAGAUGACUUGCUCUUGGGCGAACUGCUCGCAUGGGCCAAUCCAGACAACGCAUAUGCGAGGACAUGUCCUUACGCACCUGCCAGCUAUGCAGCAGCCAGCACGAGAUCCGCAAGUUGACGAUCUCAUAACUCUGCCUGCUGAACACUUCCCACAUCCUGUCCCGGAUCCAACGACGCGACCAGUACCUCCACCGCGACAUGCGGCCAUCACUUACACUCAGCCUGCCAAGGAUCCAACACACACGGCCCUUACUGCGCUGCUCUGUAUCCGCAUCUUGUUCCGCGCGUCAUUUGCAUCGUCAGCUGCUGCACCACGAGUGGACGAGGAACACUUCGGGUUCCCGGGGAUCAUCGAGGACGUCGAGGAAAAGGAGGGCGAUGAGGACAUGGGUGGCAUAACGGACAGCGAGAGGGAAGGCGAACGACGUGGCAGGAAGGCGUUCGUGAGCGUCCGGCACUUGCUCGAGGGUGUUCGGCUGCGUGACGACACGCUGCAAGGGUGGAUAGCGGAGAUGGUCGAUGCAGGACUCUCGGGAACCACGUAGCUUCCUCCCUAACCGAAUUUCGUCCGUCCCCGCACUACGUACACAUCCGUCUUCGUGUGCUUCGGACAGCACUGCUCGAGACGAGUGGCUUCCACGGAAUUUAGCUUGCACUUUGCUGUGUUCAAGUCUCAGGUAGUUUUCCUUACUCCCGAGUGUGCGUCCCGAGGCAACUUGUCUUUUUGAGCAGCAGUCAAC